UUUCAGGACCCAAUUUACUCGUCAACUUUGGACAAUAGAGGCUUAUAUCUUCAAUUAAUUAUCUGAAGCGGUAAUCAUGCUUAGAUUUCCGCCCGCCAUUUUGAAUUAUGUUGGUAUAAUUAGUUCUGCAUAUCAAAGAGGAUUGAGGUUUGAGUUAGUGGCGAACAUACUGUAAAUGUGCACCGUAUUUGUGUUGUCCGAUCAAGUUGUUUGUGCAUUAAACAUCAUGUGUGUCUGAUCGAUGCUUUGACCUGACUUUGACAUGAUCUUGUUUCAUUCGUGACCAACUCGUGUUAUUCCGUGACAAGCCGAAUAGCGAUUUACGGAAAGGGGCGAGUGGUGACGAAUGGAUAUUGUUUGCUACAUAUGAUGUCACAAAAAUGUAGGUCAAACGGAUCUCGCGCUGUGUUAAGAAGCAAACAGCCUGAUUGAAGCGGAACGAGGAUUUGGAGCUUGCAGUGAGAGAAGGCUAUGUUGCAGCACCCUAGCUGUGUGUCCAACCGGCCAGGGUAAACCCAAUUCUGACAAAAGGAUCGUGAAGCCUGCCAUACUGAUUACUACUACGACGUUGAAUGGGGCGGAUGUCGAAGUUGUGCAGAGCUCUGUCAUCAGGCGGAAGUGCAUGGGACGCUGAAGAAAUGUAUGGAUCUAUGCCCAGUUGAAACCACACCGAGGAAGACUACAACACACAGUCCCCGAGUCGUUCCGACGACAGCCAUUACAGAUGACGGAACAACUGAACAUCCAACCAACCAUGCUGCCAACACAGUAAUGGCGGUGGCAGUGUUGAUUGCGGUCUUGUCAGCAGCAAGCGUAGCAGCUUUGGUGUUCCUUAAGUUGAGAAAAGUGAUGAAGAACCACCCAAGAUGUGUUCCCACACCUGUCCCUCUCAUUAAUACAGAUCUCAAUCAUAGUGAGUGCUCAAGAGAACCCAAUAUUGAGUUGGGAUUUAUGCAGCAACAACCCGAUCCAUCAAAGGCAAUACAAGGUGUGGCUGAAUCGUGGGAGCCAGACUAAGAGGCAUGCAUAGUGCACGCUGGACUGUUUGUAAAACCCACUGAAUGAGUGUUAUUCUUCAGGACAGAGCACCGAUCACAAACCUGCCACCAUGGCAUACAGUGCUUCACAUUCCUUGAAAGCUAGUCUUUACCAGAUUUUGCACCGUCGAAAUUUCACUUUCUUAACUGGAAGAAAGUACUGUCUGGCAAGAAAGGCGUUUUACAUCAACAAGAAGUUUUCUGCGCCAGUAGUUUCCAGAUACUCGAGCAUAUUUGGAAGACGCUUUCGAGUGAGUGAGUGAGUGGGUAUGGUUGUACGCUGCUUUUAGCAAUAUUCCAGCAAUAUCACGACGGGGAACACCACAAAUGGGCUUCACAUUUUGUACCAAUGUGGGAAUUCGAACCCGGGUCUUCAGCGAACGCUUUAAUCACUAGGCUACCCAACCGCCCCGAGGAAAAAUGAAUAAAAACGAGAAAUGUAUAUUCGAUAUAUAUUCGUAUUUCAAACGUGUAUCAGGGUUGUGUUAUGGGCCUUACCUUAGCUGUGUUUCGGCGACUGUUUCCAGCCUAUCACGUUAACAUUUCAGCCGAUAACGUUUGCAAUGUUGUUGGUCAUUAAAAUUUUCAUGUGUAUACUUUCUUUUGCACGACUUAUCGUACAACAGUUUGACUAAGAUGAACUAGCGAAGACCCAGAGAAUGCUUGUUAAACCGCAAUAAUUUAUUUAAUCCUAUUGCAACUAUAACGGGACAACCUAUAGAACAUCAGCGUCACCUGGACCACAGUCACGAACGACCGCUUUAACCGUUAGGCGACCCCAACGCCCCAGACGCUUUCGAACAUCGGAGGGAAAUAAGUGAAAGAAAAUUAACAACCAUAUACAUCGACGCAAUGCAUCAUAGUUGGGUUCAGAACCUUUCAACCACUCAUGGUAUUGCAAUAGCGAGAUAUCUGUACAUAGUGACUACAAUUCAUAUUAUGACAUUUAUGACAUUGUGUGUCCCCCGAGUCUCUUCGUCGGGUCAUUAUACUACCUUUGAAUGUGUUCUGCCACUCUGUUUUGUUCUACCAUAGUGGCACCUUUGUAGUGAUGUGUAUUGAUUGCUGAACUGUGUCGAUUUUAGAAUAAUGUGUUAAUAAAAGUACAUUUCUUUUUUGUUGGUCUCACGCCUAGUUUUACGAACUGAUACCAGGUUAACCCUUUCAAUUCAGCCUGGCAAUCAACACGCAACAACUAUUGUAUGUUUACACCUAUACCGUUAGUCAGUCUGUUAUUCUAAGGUGGAUUUGUAGUGCCGGUCAGGAAAUGCCCACAGCCUGACCUGGAGUUCCGCUCCUUUAUGUUUGCGCCUGAAAUUCCACUUUCAGUUGCCCUUGACAUUUCAGAGCAUGUAUUCCGCGUAUUGUGGGUUUGGUACAAUGUUGUGUAUUAAAUGUUUAACGGUAAA